CAACCUCAAUUCCUAGCUUCCACCUCCUCAAACAAAAGGCCUCUCUGCUCACCACUCCUCACAAUGCGGCCAGCCUCAACCUCCGCCGGCGCUGCCCUGCGCAACUGGACCCGACACCCCCUCCCUACUUCGCCAUCCUCGUCUUCCCGUCUGGCCGCAGCCUCCGCCACUACAGCUUCAUCCCCGAACUCACAGCGACGGCUACAAUCCAAUGAACCCAAUGCCGUAGCGAGCUCGAGCUUCCAUAGUCCUUUCACUGCCCACAGAGCACCCGAUAAGAAAGACACCACCCAGAUUCCCAGCUUCAAGGCCUAUGCCUCGCCCCGAUCUGAAGUCACGAACCGGGUUUUCCAAUAUUUCAUGGCCGGCUCGAUGGGUCUGCUCGCAGCAGCGGGUGCAAAAAACACUGUGCAGGAUUUCCUAGUCAACAUGUCCGCAUCCGCCGACGUCCUGGCCAUGGCCAAAGUUGAGAUCGACCUUGCUGCUAUCCCGGAGGGCAAGAACGUCAUUAUCAAGUGGCGAGGCAAGCCUGUUUUCAUCCGUCACAGAACGGAAGAUGAGAUCAAGGAGGCCGAAUCUGUCAAUCUUUCCAUCCUCCGUGACCCUCAAAAAGACGAGGACCGUGUCAAGAAACCCGAGUGGCUCAUCAUGUUGGGUGUCUGCACACACUUGGGUUGUGUCCCGAUUGGUGAAGCCGGUGAUUUUGGUGGUUGGUUCUGCCCGUGCCACGGUUCGCACUACGAUAUCUCUGGACGAGUGAGAAAAGGUCCUGCCCCGUUGAACUUGGAAGUACCCGAGUAUGAUUUCCCUGAGGAAGACAAGCUCGUCAUCGGUUAGACGCGAUUCACUACUGGUUGUACGUCGGUGGGAGGGUUAGCGGAGCUGAAAGCUUGAUCGGCUGAUACCCGUAAAGACUGCAGCGUGAGCACUGUACACAUUAGAGAAGGGCGAGUCUGAUGCCGUUGUUCGAGGUGCCGAGGUGGUCGAGACAGAAAAAAGAACAAAUACCAAAUACCAAAAGACCUAAACAUGUAGCCGA